AUGAUUCGAUCUGUUGCCCUUGUGCUCCUGUUACUGCUGCCGCUGACAUCAAUUUCAGCUGCGGAACUCAAUCUGUAUUCUGCUCGGCACUACGACACCGACUUCUCUCUAUAUGAUCGUUUUACUGAAGAUACCGGCAUAAAGGUCAAUCUUAUCGAAGGCGGCAGUGAUGCGUUGAUAGAACGUAUUCUUGCCGAAGGCGAGCUAAGUCCAGCUGAUAUUCUGAUCACCGUUGAUGCCGGCCGGCUCUGGCGUGCUGCACAAGCUGGCGUUUUUCAAUCCAUAGAUUCCCCAACCCUGAAUGCGCGUGUACCGCAAUACCUCAGAGAUCCGGACAAUCUCUGGUUUGGUCUCUCCAAGCGUGCGCGGGUCAUUGCCUAUCGCAAAUCAGAGGGCCUGCCCGCACCGGUGACCUACGAAGAUCUGGCAAAGCCAGCGUACCGGAACCGCGUCUGUAUGCGUUCUUCUUCGAAUAUCUACAACUUGUCGUUGCUGGCCGGGAUGAUUGAAACAGCUGGGAAUGAGGCUGCCAUGCAAUGGGCGCAGGGUGUUGUGCAGAACUUUGCGCGGGCUCCUCAGGGUAAUGACACCGCUCAACUGCGCGCUGUGGCCAGUGGUGAGUGCGGAGUAACCAUAGCCAACACCUACUAUCUGGGGCGGAUGAUGGCCUCCAGUGAUCCUGCGGACAAGGCUGUGGUGGCGGAGCUGGGAAUUGUUUUCCCCGAUCAGGAUGGUCGCGGUACCCACGUGAAUAUCAGCGGUGCGGGGGUGACGCGUUAUGCGCCAAAUAAACCUGCGGCAAUUGCGUUUAUGGAAUAUCUGACCAGCGAAUUUGCUCAGCGUCUGUUUGCUGAAGGAAACAAUGAGUAUCCGGUGGUGGGAAAGGCUACCGGCCCUAUUUCUGAACUCGGUGAUUUCAAAGAAGAACAGAUUAAUGCUGCGAUCUUUGGCAAGCGGCAGGCCCAGGCGGUGAUGAUUUUUGAUCGGGCGGGCUGGCGCUGA